AGUGUCUCUCAUUCACCCCAACACCAACAAAGCUUGGGUCACUUUCACCGCCUCCCUCGCUCGCUCUCUCUCUCUCUCUCUCUCUCUCCCUCGCUCCCCCUGUGCCUCUCUCUCCCCCCGCUGUCUCCCUCUCUCUGUGCGCGCGCUGGGUUCGUAAACGGCAGAAACGAAUUGAUCCCCCGGUUGCAGAGUAGACUUAACGUUGCGCGCCAUGGAUGUACGAUUUUAUCCAACCGCUGGUGGGAAUUCUAUUCCGGGAGAACCGGCGAACCUGGAUUUUGCCCACUGUUUGGGCUACUACAACUUCAAUAAGUUCCAGAACAACAACAACAACUACAUGAACAUGGCGGAGGCCAACGGUGCUCUGCUCGCUGCUGGAGAUACUUUUCACACACCCAGCUUGGGAGACGAGGAGUUUGAGAUUCCACCCAUUACGCCUCCGCCUGAGACGGAGUCCGGUCUGGGUCUAUCCGAUGCGGACUCACCCUUCCCAGCAAUGCCAGAGCCUCCGGUUCCUCACAGGGGUCACUUAAUCCCCCAGUUCCCCCCUCAGAGCCUGGACCUUCCCUCUAUCACCAUCUCACGCAACAUGAUGGACCAGGAUGGAGUGUCCGUCAACAACGGCCAACCUGUGAACGUUGGACCGGGCCAUCAUCGCCAGUACCCAGCCAACCCAGCCAUGGUGAUGAAGUCCAUCAUCAGCAUGAACAGCCCCAAUGGGAUGUUAUCGCGGAAUCAGCUGACCACCAUCAACCAAUCCCAACUCAGUGCGCAGCUGAGCCUAAACAUGGCAGGACCCAACAUCACACACACUUCCCCGUCACCGCCUGCCAGCAAGUCGGCCACGCCGUCUCCCUCCAGCUCCAUCAACGAAGACGACCAGGACGAAGGCACCAGGGUCAUUGGAGAGAAGCGACCAGCUCCCGUGGAUCCCGCAAAGAAGCCCAAGACUCCUAAGAAAAAGAAGAAGAAGGACCCCAAUGAGCCUCAGAAGCCGGUCUCUGCUUAUGCGCUGUUCUUCAGAGACACCCAGGCCGCCAUCAAGGGUCAGAAUCCCAACGCCACCUUUGGAGAAGUGUCCAAGAUCGUGGCCUCUAUGUGGGACGGUCUGGGAGAGGAGCAGAAGCAGGUUUACAAAAGCAAAACAGAAGCUGCCAAGAAAGAAUAUUUAAAAGCUCUUGCCGCAUACCGCGCUAGCCUGGUUUCCAAGGCUGCAGCAGAAUCUGCCGAGGCCCAGACCAUCCGCUCGGUACAGCAGACCCUGGCCUCCACCAGCCUGUCCCCCGGCCUGGUGCUGCCCUCGCCUCUCAACCAGCACCCCUCCAUGUCAUCAGCGGCCCAGGCCCUCCAACAAGCCCUACCACGGGCCAUUGCCCCGAAACCUCUGCAGAUGAGACUAGGGGGCAAUCAGAUCGUGACCUCGGUCACGGUCUCCCACCAGAACAUGUCCUCUGGGAUGUCGCCGCAGCUGCUCAGCCAGAUGGGUGCCGGAGGGGGCAUGGUGGCGGGUGCCCAGUCCACAGCGGUCUCUCAGAUGAGCCCACCGAUGCAACCGGUGCAGCAGCAUGCGAUGCAGCAGCUCCAGCAGCAGCAGCAGAUGCAGCAGCAUCUCCAGCACCAUCAGAUGCAGCAGCAGCAGAUGCAUCACCAGCAGAUCCAGCAGCAGAUGCAGCAUCAGCAUUUCCAACACCACCUCCAACAACAGCUGCAGCAGCACCACAUGCAGCAGCAGCAGCACCAACAACAACAACAACAGCACCAACAGCAGCAUCAACAACAGCAUCAGCAUCAACAACAGCAGCAGCAUCAACAACAACAGCAUCAACAACAACAACAACAGCAGCAGCAACACAUGCAGAUGCAGCACAUGCAGAUGCAGCAUCAGCUGCACCAGCAGCAGAUUCAACAUCUCCAGCAGCAGCAGCAGCAGCAGCAGCACCAGUCCCAGUGUUCCCCACCCCAGCACUCUCCUGGUACCCCCCAUUCAGUGGGAGGCUCUGCAUCGCUCGGCAGCCCCCAGCCGGCCCAACAGCAGCAGCCACACCCCUCCCAGAUCCAGGCCCACACCCAGGUUCUGUCCCAAGUCAGCAUUUACUGAGCCAAAUGGAAGUCCUAUCUCCCAGAAGAGGAAUAGAAUAAAAGCAUCGUGCCCCGUUGCUUUUCUACGUUGCACUUAAAAAGUGUGAAAGAUUUAGAAUGUUAUACAAAGAACUUGUCCAUUGUUAUAGAGGGAUAUGCACACGUGUGUACAGGGGGUGAACAUGUUGGCUGGGUUUUUGUCUAUAAAAUAGGCUGAGCUACGACGGAAGCCCGACAAGGCGAGCUCCCAGUGUUUGUUUGUUUGUGCGGUCUUUCGGUUGUCAAUUUAAACUGACUGGGCGCACAAAAUGUUAAAAGACUUGUCUUUCCCUGUUUUAUUUAACAAGAAAGCUUUAUUUAUGAGGCCAGAGUUGUCCGUUUGAAUACGUCUCAACUAAAGGAUUUCUAUCAGCUUUUACCUGGACUGAGUGACUCAGAGGAUAUCUGCUGGAACCCAGUAACACACAAACAUCAAUCUUUGUUGCCUCACUGGCCAGUAAUCAACAAAACUCUCCUUCACCCAUCGCAGAUGUAACUGUUCAACAACGGCUCAGAGGAAAAUGGUUCUUCAAAUCAUCCCGGGUCGGAGGCCCGCUGAUGUGUCGACACAUUUAAAUCACGUCACAAAUGUAGAAAAAUGUCUUGAAGAGAAAGGGGACGGAAAAUACAAAAGCGUAGUGACACAGUGACUCUAUGAAUGAAUGACUGAACGGACUGAGACGGAAACGGCCAUAGAUCAUUUAUUCCAUCACGUUUUCCAGCUGUAGCUGUAAUCUGCUGUACAUGUUUUGUAGAGCGAGGAGAGAUGAGACCUCGCGCAUCCCGUACAUUUUGCCCAAAAGCGUGUACCUGGAACCCCCACCC